UUAUCAUGUCGACGGUCAUACAUCGCGUCAAUCAUUCGAAAAGUUGCAGCCCACUUAUUCUGACACCUUAAAUACGCCAGAAAAAAAGGGGGCCAAACACGAUUCAAUUUAUCAACCAUAUUAUCUUUAUAACGUGCUUCGAAUAGAUUUUCACUUAGAAAUAAAAUCAUAAAAUUAUCUCUUUUUGUUCUUUAAAAUAAAUAAAGAUCGGUAGUUUUCGUAUGACAAAAAUAAAAACAGUAAAAAAUGGUUGAGAGAAAAACGGUGUCAAAUUCUUCGUUAGAUUCAACAUUUUCUGUUGUCAAAAUUCCGCGUGAUAAAAAAUCGCAUGAGUAUGAUCCGUUCGAGCAUCGACAGGUGUCACAUCCAACAACUGAUAGUGAAACAUUGUUUCAUUUGCUAAAGGGUUCAUUAGGGUCUGGCAUACUUUCAAUGCCAUUGGCAUUUUCAAACAGUGGUCUUUGGUUUGGUCUAAUUUCAACGAUCAUUGUUGGUUCAAUAUGCACAUAUUGCGUACAUAUUCUGGUCAAAUGUUCGUAUAUUUUGUGCCGUCGUGCGCAAUUGCCAUCGCUAAGCUUUGCCGAAAUCGUCGAGCUGGCAUUUUCAUCGGGUCCAAAACCGUGUCGUAAAUGGUCAAGUUUUGCUCGAUUUCUUGUCAACACAUUUCUCGUGCUGGAUCUGCUUGGCUGUUGUGUGGUUUAUACGUCGUUCGUCGCAAAAAAUGUUCAUCAAGUGGUGGAAAAUUACUAUCCUGACUUUAAAAUGAGCUUAAAAUUGUAUAUGCUGUGUUUAUUGCCGAUAUUGAUUCCAAUCAAUUUGAUUCGAAAUUUGAAGAAUUUAGCACCAUUGUCGGUUAUUGCAAACAUUCUAAUCAUGACUGGAGUGGGAAUUACAAUGUAUUACAUUUUUCAAGACCUACCAACACCCAAUGAACGACCAUUUAUAGCCGAGUGGAAUAAAGUGCCGAUGUUCUUUGGAACGGUCAUUUUUGCACUAGAAGGCAUUGGUGUGGUAAUGCCACUGUACAACAAUAUGAAAACACCGUCAAGCUUUCUGGGUUGCCCUGGCGUUCUGAAUAUCGGCAUGACAAUCGUUGUUCUUAUGUAUGCUGGCAUCGGAUUUCUUGGUUAUUUGAAAUAUGGCGAACAUACCGAACCAUUCAUUACAUUGAAUUUACCCGUCACAGAGAAACUGGCGCAAUCUGUCAAAUUGAGCAUUGCAAUUGCGAUACUAUUCACAUAUGCGCUGCAAUUUUACGUACCCAUGGAAAUCAUUUGGAAUAGUGUCCGGAGCUCAUUUUCGGAGAGCAAACAAACUAUUGUCGAAAACAUACUACGAACUGUAAUAGUGAUCGGUACCGUUUUAAUAGCAAUUUCCAUCCCAAACAUUGGGCCAUUCAUUUCAUUGGUCGGUGCUGUGUGCUUAUCAACACUCGGCCUCAUAAUUCCAUCAGUCAUCGAAUUGAUCAUCUACUACUACGAACCGGGAUACGGUAAAUUCAAUUAUGUUCUGUGGAAAAAUGCAUUUUUGAUAGUGUUCGGCCUGAUUGGAUUCAUAUUAGGCUCAUACAUCAGCUUAUUAGAAAUUAUCGAAUCAUUACGGUACAAAGAACUGUAAAAUUUAAUAAUUGCAUGUCUGCACUCCAAAUCUUACACCAUAUUAUUUUAAUUUAGUUGUAAAAAAAACUGACUCAUAAAACGACGUUAGAUUAGGUACAAUUUUUACAAUUUCAUGAAUGAUGAUUCAUGAAAUCAGACUUUAUGUAUUUUGUAAGCAAUAAAUCGAUUAAAAUAAAAUGUUUUUCUUCAUCAAA